UGUAGUUAUUAUUUAUUGUUGCAUACAUUGUUGGCUAAUUUUAAUCUUGAAUUAAAAUGUUUAAUUUAUGACGCAAGUUAAUUCUGUUUACAAGUUCUCACUAUACCUUUCUAAAAAUAAUGUUGAGCGAUGUUCACUUUCAACUUUUUUAUGAUUGGUCGAAUUGCUAACUCGAGCGCACAGGUUUUCGAAAAAUAGUUCAUACUUGUUUUUGUAAACGUGGAACACACAGCGUUAAAAAAUUUGAAUUUUGAUAAAAAAUUUGAUGAUCGGAAGUUGUGAUAAAUUGGAGGAACAUUUCGAGUCAGGAAUCUUUUGUCAAGUAGAGAUUGCUGACAUCCUCAUUUACUUAAUUGUACAUUAUAAAAUGGACUCACCAAUCGUUAGAAUCAUGUAAAUAUUAAAUAGAUUCAUGAAGUACGAACUGUGACUUUAUUCAUUGUGUAAAUAGUCAUUGAUGUUUUUUAAAAGUGUGUCUUUUUAAUGUAUAAACAAUUGCAAAAAGUACAUGGUGCGAAUUCGACAUCAAACCGCGAACAGUGCAUGGUGCGGAUACGACGUAUGGAAAUAGACGCAAAACCAAAGACAAUAAAAGUUCGUUUUGAGGAUAAACAUGAGUAAUCGUUACAAGAGGGACACAAAAAAGAUCAACUACAAGAAAUUGAACGAUUCAGGGAUGGCAGACGUGGGCGAAAAUAAUUUAAAAAUAGAAAAGUCGACCGAAGUAACCCAGUUAGAGGCUACAGCAGAAGUACAUGUAAACAAAAAUGGCGUCCUACAGUUGCUCGAGGACGAUGAAAUCGAUGAAGACGAGCUUUCGCACAUGAAGGAAGAAAUUGAAAAUCUAAAGAGACAAGAAGAACAACUGCGCAAAAAACAGGACUUUCAUGAAACAAAAAAGCAGCUGGAAAAACAGAAGGCGAAGAUCGAAUCCCUGAAGGACAGACAGAUGGGUCAACUUGGUGAGGAAUUGAGAGCUUCAAAUAGACGAGCUUAUGCUGAGGGAUCCAGGAAAAAUUUGAAGAUCCAGUGGGAAUCAUUUCUGUUGUUUUGCUUACAUUUUGGGUUAGUUUUUCUUCCUGCUUCAACCCUUACUUUACAAUUAUAUGUACAGUUUCUUAGUAGAUCAUUUAAAUCAGUUGAUUCAAUUCGUAAUUAUGUAAGUGGAGUUCGAACCAUGCAUCAAAUCCUUGGGUUUUCUUUAGAUAAAGUAAAUAAUUUCAUACUGAAUCUAACCUUUAAAGGCGUUUCUAGAAAGCUAUGUCAUCAAGUUAAACAAGCUUUACCCAUAUCUCCAGAACUUUUGCUAAAAAUGUAUGCGGUACUAGAUAAUUCUGACAUAAACUCGUCAGUUUUCUGGUGUUUAUUUCUUUUCGCAUUUUUUUUAUUAGCUAGAAAAUCUAAUUUAGUCCCAACAACAUUACAAGACCUAAAAGAUCCUAAAUUCUUAUUGAGGGGUGAUGUGUUUAUUGAGAAGCAUAAGUUAUUGGUUAAAAUGAAAUGGACUAAAACUAUACAAUUUGGGCAACGUGUAUUAAGCAGUCCAUUGGUAGUUGUUAAAAAUUCAACAUUAUGUCCCGUGGCAGCAUUUAAUGAUAUGAUAAGUAAAAUUCCUGCUGGACCUGGAUCUCCUCUAUUUGUAUUGAAGUCAGGAAAACCAGUCACAUAUAACAUUUAUUUAAAAAAGCUUCGUGAAAUUUUAUCAAAAUGUGAAGUAGAUCCAAAUUCUUAUUCUACUCACUCUUUUAGAAGGGGCAUGGCUUCCUUUGCAUUCAGAUUAAACGUAUCCGCUGAUAAAAUUCAGCUUUUAGGUGACUGGUCUUCAGACGCUUAUAAGAAAUAUCUGCAUAUGUCUUUAGAAGAUAAAGUUGAAAUUGCUGAAUUCAUAUCUGGACAUAUAAUUAUAUAAUAACAUGUUUUGAAUAGUGUAUAUAUGUAAAUAAUUUUAAUUUUUU